UCUACCUACUCCCUCUCUCUUCUCCCCAAUCUCUCCUCUAUCCCUCUGCCUCUCCUUUCUCUCUUCUUCCUCUCCUCCGUUUCGCCCCCUCGAUCCCCCCUGCUUUAUUCCAUCCCCGUCAUUCUCCGUCUCCCCUCCCCACCCCCAAUCUUUCACAGGGGAUUUCACUUUGCCAGGAUACAGGCUGGUAAAUUUGCAGCAGCCACCACGGAGAGAACACAGGAACCCCCCUUGGGCCCGCCGUGUCCCUUUGACGGAGCGUUCUGGAUUCAGAGACCCCCCCAGCAGGGGUGCUUUGCUGGCAUUCCCAAGCCUCCUGCCAUCCCGCAAGCUUCGCCUGCCCUAUCUCCCUCUUCGGCUGUUUGCUACAUGGAGAACAAGAGCUGCAAAGGGGACAGCCUGCGGCCAGCUGUCCAGUGCAAACACUCUGUCGAGAAGAAGACAAUGACUAACCCCACGACGGUGAUUGAAAUCUACCCAGACACCACCGAGGUGAACGAUUACUAUCUCUGGUCCAUCUUCAACUUCGUAUACCUCAACUUCUGCUGUCUCGGCUUCAUCGCCUUGGCCUAUUCUUUGAAAGUCCGGGAUAAGAAACUCCUCAAUGACCUGAACGGAGCUGUUGAAGAUGCCAAGACAGCCCGGCUUUUUAACAUCACCAGCUCGGCACUCGCCACUUUCUGCAUCAUCCUCGUCUUCAUCUUCCUGCGCUACCCGCUCACUGACUAUUAGAGCAAGGCCAGCAGCCGCUGCCGAAAUGCCUCAGUGCCAGAAGUGUCCAUCGAAUUUCCUCCAGCAAGGACAUGGAACAACAAUCCAUCUUGAUUGCAAAAAAUAAAUACAAAGUAAAACCCACCAAGCAACGCCCCCCCACCCCCAACUCCCAACCCUGACUGGUAUUUGAACUUCUGUAGAAAAAGAAAUUACUUUUACAUUUUUUACAGAAAAAUAUUUAUUUUCAUGAUAAACAAAAGUGGGUGAUGACAAUAUGCAAAGCUUAGAACUAACCACAACAUGAGCCAAUAGCUGUGUAGCUAGAUGCUGCAACCAUAGUGGCGGCCGAGGAGUCAGAGAGAACAUUGUGUCAUCGAUGAUCCGCUGAUUAAAGUUACAUAAGCAGCCCAAGCACUGAGCUGUGUUUUAGAUGGAAAACAGCAAAUAGCCCUAUUGGGAGAGCUGAACUCCAGAUCUACCGGGAAGCAUGUGCACUGAUUUAGAGCUCAAGAGAGGGAGGAAAAAUGCCUGCUACUGCGAGAUAAAACUGAGAAGUAAAGCAGGGCAGAUUCAGGACAUAUCAGAUGUGUUCAGGCUGCUACCACGUCCUCUCUCUUUCUCUCUUCCCCUCACUCCCCUGUAUAUUUUGUUCUUUUCCUCUUUUUAUACAUUUAUUCAUUGAAUUUCAUUUGAAGGCCAGACUAGUUUACCAUUCCCCGUCCCCAGAGAGCUUUAUCCUUGAGAGUUCAUAGUGGAGAAUCCUGAAGCCGCCCGAUAAACCCCAAAGAAUUAAAACAAAACAAAACUCCUCCAUGGAAUCUACUGCAAAUGCCGAGAACGUAGGCAACCUUUGGAGAACGUGCAUAUAUCCUGUAUACCGACUCCUACUGUAUUUCUGUAAACUUUCAAUAAAGAUAAUAAUACCUCUGCCCAUCCAAUGCCAUUCUGGUUAAUUUCACAGAUUGCCACAGAUUAGGGGUUUUUCCCCCUUUGGUCCCAUAUUAAGCCAAUGAGGGGCAGAGAAGAGAAUUAAAACUCCUAUUGGACACUAUAACCUGCCUCUACAGCCAUAAUCCCCUACCUUUGCUGUCUACAUGGAUAGGCCUGGAGUAAUGGGCCACCUCACUUAACGACAUGAAAGAAAGUUAAAUAACAGGCAGGGAGCAGCUCCACAAGCAGUGCAAUAGGGGACUGAUACACAAGCAGCAACCACAGUGGCAGGCAUGGAAGGGGAUGGUGCCAGUUAGAACCCAGCUGAUGUAAGAAUUUCCACCUUGUGUAUUAACAAAAUGUAGGGACUGGAGUUGGGGGAGAGGAGGAAAGAGGUGACAGGAACUAGGAGAAAUCUGGGGGCUUCUAAAGCCCCUGACCAGGAACAUGUGAAGUUCAUCACCAUCUCAGUGAGGACACGCUGCUCUGGAGUACAUGGACUGGAACGUGUUGUCAUACCAGUGAUGGUGAUAUGCUGUUGAGAGUUUAACAAAGGAGCUCCCUUAAGAACAUUCCACCUCGCUCAGCUGGAAAUGUUACAUUCUCUGGGUAAAAUGUGCUUUCCACUGAAAAUCAUCCACCUCUCUGAACCCUUCAAUCCUUCCACCGCCCAUCCCUUUUGACCCCUGCCCACGCAGCGUGUCAUAGGAACACGAACCCCACUGAGUGGCAUCUCUGUCUAGCAGCUGUUCCACACAGCAGCAGCAGAGGCAGGCAGGUGUCUUGCUGCCUCUGCCUAUAGUGGAGCUGGCAGGUGAAUU